AUGGCCCGUCGCCGGGUCGUCUUCGGGUCGCAGGCAAGCUUCACGCCGCCGCUCGUCACACUCGCCGCGGUUCUGAUCUCCGUGCUUGUCGCCACGCCUGUCGCAGUAAACGCAGGGCCGGUCUGCGACUACGCCAAUGGAACGUGGGUGCGCGCGGAGGGCUAUGCGGCGCAGUACACGGGGAAGUCGUGCGCGUACGCGGGGAAGACGCGCAACUGCGAGAAGAACGGGCAGACCAGCUUCGACUACCGCAACUACAAAUGGGUGCCGGGACAGCCGGAAUGCUCGCUCUCUAGGUUCGACGCGGCGUCGUUCCUGUCGCUGCUGCGCGGCAAGGUGGUGGCCUUGGCGGGCGACUCCAUGAUCAACAACCUCUUCGAAGCCAUCCGAUGCCUCGUCAGCGCCGCCACUCCCGCUCCGGAUUGGAAGGGAACCUUCCCCGGAGUGCCAGGCGAUUAUGAGGUGUUCGAGGUACCCAAGUACGGUACUAAGUUCAUUCGGAUUCAGGACCCCUUUCUAGUUGACUCCAAGCCGGCGGGCACGUCCGACAGUUCGAGUGCCACGUGGACCAUCAACCUGGACAAGCCGUCUCCGCUGUGGGCGUCGCUGCUCAAGACAGCGGACGUGUUUGUGUUCGCCCACGGCCACUGGUUCGACAAUGCUCCUGCCAGCAAGCGACUGCUGUACCAGAAGGGCCAGCCCGUGCAAGCAGACCAAUUCGAGGCCGCCCGGCUGUCCCUAAUCACAGUCGCCAGUUACCUCACUAAGAGCAACUACAAGGGCCAAGUAUUCUACCUCACCUACUCCCCUAGACACUACAGCUCCGCGUUCAAGACAAAAGGCAUGGGUUGUGCUAAAGCCACCGCGCCUUUCACUCCGUCCGAAGGAGAAUAUGCUAUGGGGAAGUCUAAAGAGGCUCCGUAUCUCACGGCGCAGAAGGCGGCUUUGAAGCCGUAUCCUGCUGUGCGCGUGUUGGAUAUUUUCCGGAUGGCGUUGCUGAGACCAGACGCGCACGUGGGGCCAUGGGACGGGAAGAGCGGGAACGGGGACGACUGCUCGCACUGGUGCGAACCGGGGUUGCCGGAUAUUUGGGCUGACUUGCUGUUCAAUGAGCUGAAGAACGGUGGAGCAGCGGGGGGCGGAGAUCGUUCCCCCUUCCGCCAACCCCCUUCCGCAUUCCGCCUUCCGCCUAACCCCUUCCGCGUUCCCCCUUUCGCCGUAACCCUUUGGCAUUCCCCCUUCCGCGUUCUCCUUCCUCGUUCCCGCUUCCGCCUUCCCCCUUCCCCAUCCCCCUUGCGCAUCCCCCCUUCCGCAUUCCCCCAUCAGGCCCCAUGCCCCAUGUUUCCCCCCAGCAGGCCCCAUGUUUCCCCCCAUCUGGCCCCAUGUUUCCCCCCAUCAGGCCCCAUGUUUCCCUCCAUCAGACCCCCUCCCCGCCCCAUUCUUCCUCAUACCAUACUCACCCCGCCGAGUCUCCCUAGACCCUCCUCCCUUUUCUUUUCUCACUGCUUCUGCCUACUUCCCCCCUUCCAUUCUCCCAACCCAACCACCCCCGUGUCUUCCUCCCAGCUGCUAGCGGCCAAGCUUGCGUGCACGACCCGUCACACGGCAGGCAUGACUGGCUUGGUUUCGCCUGCCGACUUUUGUGCGGCACACAUGGCAGCACUGGAAGGGAUGCUAGACCACUCCGCAUCCGUUUCUGCUGCUGCUGGCCUGGGGGCAGGUGGAGGUGGAAAUGGGGCUGCUUCGGAUGAUGGUGGUGGUCUAGGUGAUAAGCGCCUCUGA